AUGGGUAACUACAACUCUCGAAAGAAAACCAAGGCUCCCAAGCAGGGAAGGAAGGAGAAACCGCCAGAAAUGGAGAAGGCCAAGAAGAAGAAGAAGCCCUUCUUUGGCCGAUUGAAGAAAAAGUCAAGUCCCAAGAUUGUGCUGCUCCUGCCCUUGGACAAGAGGAACCAACUGGCAGAGACCAGCAUUCCCCCUGGAUCCUGGGCUGGGAGGCCCGAGGAUGAGGCUGGGACAACAGCAACACCAGCAGCUUCCUCACUGAGAGGUGCCGGUGAUGGGAUGGAUCGCCAGGAGGGCUCUCGGGCUCAUGAGAUGAAGAAGAUUUUGGUAUUCCUGCUUCUACUGGAUGCCCGCCUACAGGAUGAGUGGUGGGGAGUGGAUGGUAGUACCAAGAGUGCCCAGGCCUGGCAGCACCUUUACAGCCGUCUGCUGGCUGAGAAUGAGACUGAGGGUGAGAUUGAGGACCAGCCACGUCCACAGAGGCGCUGGCACUGGACCCGCUACCAGUGCUGA